AUUUAAUCUUACGCAACUUUAAAGAUAUUUUUUAUAAUACGAAGUUAAUUAAUAGCGCCUUUAUCCCCUCGGUGUGGCUAGACUUCAUUAAUAGCUGCUGUUCUCUCUCUCUCUCUCUUCCUCUGUGUGUGGAAAUCAGUGUGUGUGUGUGUGUGUGCGCCCGUAUAGGUGUUUGCUGCGCCGUGCGACUGGCACAAUUUUCAUUAUCAGACGCUAAAAGGAUUACGAACCCGUUCAUCUUCAUCUUCAGCAGCAGCCUUCGCUUUGAGCUUAGCCAAAUAUUUGCAACCAUCCACAAACGAUUUUGCUGAACUGCUGAACUUUUUCGGCUAACUUUGUGCGCUUGCGGAAAUUUCAAAUUUGUUGCAGAGCCAGGCUUAAAUCUUGAAUUAUGAUGUCACAUCAGCAGCAGUUGCAGCAGCAGCAGACACGUCGUCGCUUGGGCUCCGUUAGCGACUCGGCGCCGCCAUCGGAGUCCAGUGAGGGCACCGCCUCGUCAGAGCAGCGGGAUGAGCUGAUACUGCAUCCGGAUUGGUCGGCCCACUCACAAUCAUCGGCACAGCGCAGCAGCGCCCAUGGCACCACAUCGCUCUACAAUGCAUCCGACAUUGAUGCGGACACCAUCAGCACCGACACGAGCAGCAAUACGAAUCUAUCCGAGUACGAGCGCGGUCAGGUUGAGAGCUUCUUUGCAGGUCUAGGCACCGAGAUCUUUGUCAGUGGUGCUCUGGCCAAUCUGUACGAAGGCACAGGAAACGAUGGCGACUGGCGUUUGGUCUUCACUGGCAUACCCGUCAUACUGCACGAUAAGGGCAACGCACGGGCAAGGUCUAUGCCGCGGCUAACACUGGUUCUGGCUGAGCGCGGCUCGUGCUUUGCCUUGUGGUCGGAUCGGGUGGACAAUCUGUCCAAUUACCGGAUUGCGGGGCCCUCGUUUCACACCAUGUGCCUGUCCACCAAUCAUCAGCAGAUGAUUGGAUUCAGCUUCGAUUCAACAGAUGCGGCACGUGAACUCUGGGUGCACGUGGAGCGUCUGGUCAGUGAUCCCGAGAACAUUGCGCUCUCGGCGCCCGGACGCAAGCAGAAGAAACAGAAGCGAGUCAAGCCGGCGCCGCUGCCGCCCAAGUCACAGAUAUCUCAUCCAUGCCAGUUCCAUCAUGUAACCAGCGUGGUGAAGGAGGAUAGCGAACGGUACUACAGCAUGCAGGCAUUCGGGCCGCUCCAUGCGCAGCAGCAUCGUUGAUCAGGGUCGGGCGCGUGGAUCUGGAACACGAGCGCCCUCUGGUGGCAGAAUUAGACCCCACCCAACGAAUGACACGAAAAAAAAA